UUAACAGUGUGAGACUGAGCUGUCAGCAAUAUUGAGUGAUUAAGACAUAUAUCUUCACGAGAGAGAGACAGCUGUUCACACAUUCUGUGAAGAUGAUGCGAGCUCAGAUUGAGGUGAUUCCAUGUAAGAUCUGUGGAGACAAGUCAUCAGGGGUUCAUUAUGGAGUCAUCACUUGUGAAGGCUGCAAAGGUUUCUUUCGCAGAAGUCAGUCCUCCAGCGUGCAGUACUCAUGCUCCAGACAAAGCAAUUGCCCCAUUGACCGUGCCAGCCGUAAUCGUUGCCAGAGCUGCCGUCUAAAAAAAUGUGUUGCUCAGGGAAUGAGCCGUGAUGCGGUGAAGUUUGGGCGUAUGUCCAAGCGUCAGAGAGACUCCCUAUUUGCAGAAGUUGAGAGACAUCGCCAGCAUCAGCGUCUUCAAGCCAACUCAGUCCAGGAGCCCCAGCCUCUCCAAGCCUACCGAUCCAGCAAAGAGCCCAGAGAACAGCCAUCACAUCCCAUCCCACCUCUACUGCCAGCCUACCCUUUUCCUGUAGAGCCAGAACUUUCAGGCUGUCCAACAGAAGUAAUUCCAUACCUGGACUGUCACAUAGUUGAGGCCCAGACUCAGGGUUUGGCCUAUAGGGCCCCCCUCAGGAGAGGAUUUGAGUCUACAAGAUCUACACCUGAGUCUAUUCUGAACAUGACUGGAAGUGAAAUGGGGUUUCGUCCUCUUGAUCUUGAGAGCUCAUUCUUUUCCUAUCCAACCUCUCUGCAAACAGAGGAGCUCGCUGCAAGUAUUAUACGCUCACACAAAGAGACAACUCAGUAUCGAGCAGAGGAACUGCAGGCUCUCAGAUGGAAGGUUUUCAGCAGGGAGGAGAUCCACAUAUACCAGAGCAAACCAGUGGAUGAGAUGUGGCAGCACUGUGCUGUACGUUUGACAGAUGCCGUUCAGUAUGUGGUGGAAUUUGCUAAACGUAUCCCAGGAUUCCGUCAGCUUUGUCAGAAUGAUCAAAUUGCUCUCCUCAAGAGUGGGUCCAUGGAAGUAGUUCUAGUCCGGAUGAGUCGGAUGUUUAACACAGCAAACAACACAGUAUUUUUUGAUGGCAAAUUUGCAGGAACAGAUCUCUUCAAAUCUCUUGCAUGUAGCGAUCUAAUAGCUGCAGUUUUCGAAUUCGCUCACAAUCUGUGUGCACUGAGACUGAGUGAACAGCAGAUGGCGGUGUUUACUGCAAUGAUCCUAAUCAAUCCAGAUCGACCAUGUCUGGAGGACAGGGAAAGAGUUCAGAGAGUAAGGACAGAAGUUGAGCUUGCCCUUAGAUACAUACUGCACAGAGACAAUCAAGAGAGUCUACUGCAGAAGCUGUAUCAAAGAGUGCCGAUGUUGAGGUCAAUGUGUGCACUGCAUAUUGAGAAACUGCAAUGGUUCCGGCAGCUUUACCCUCUCACCGUGCAUUCCCUUUUUCCUCCGCUAUACAAAGAGCUUUUUGGCUCUGACGCAGAUAUACAUUCACUGACCACACACUAAACAAACACUGACACAUUUCAGUUGCAGAUAUAGUAAUGAAAUAACAUCACAUACAGUAUAUAAAAGUGUUUGCAUCCAAGGUUUAAAUAUAUUAUCUACCUGAUGAAUUUUUUUGCAACUAUUAAAGAACAUAAAAUAAUGUCUAUUG